AUGGCGAACUCAGGGAACUUGAGCCUUGCCAAUAUUGAUGCGGUGUCGCAGAAGGCGCGUCUGCAGAGACUAGAGGAGGAACUUCAGAGGCUGAAGCAGCAUUCGUUUAGAGGUCAUGGAAGCGGUAGAACACAUCCCUCAUGGCGGCACAAAUACUCUCCUCCGGCAGGGGGGAAAUUGGAGGGUAUCAAGCUACGUUCGAGCUCUAGUGACUUGGCCAGAAGUCUGACUUCAAGCCCUAUGAGCGAGGAGAGAAUGGAGAGCUCAUACUACGAAUUACGACGAAUUGUUCCACACCUUUCGCCGGAAUUUGAAUGUGCGGAGCGUGACGCGGUGUUAAUUAUUUCUGCCAUACGCUCCGGAUCUGCUGUUGGAGGCGCGGAAUCCUGGGAACAGCGCUUCUCUUCACUGGAGACAGAGAAGCGGAUGAUAAAGAACAGGCUUGAGCGUCGAAGUCAAGAGUGUGAUGAGCUAAAAGGGACUGUGACAGAAUUGCAGCAGAAGAUUCGGUCCACACAGGAUGGUUCACGUGCUUCCGUGAAUUUGCUUUCUAAACGGCACGAGGAGGUUCGCAAGCAACUCUUGAUGGAGGAGUCAAGGAGCCAAAAAUUGAAGAUCCGCAAUGGGCAGCUGGAGAUGGAGGUGGAACGGCUUAGAGGGUUGCUGCACUCCCAACUACACAAGUAG